CGCCGUGGGAAGCGAGCGAGGAGUUGAAUGAGUUCCCUCCACAGUUGAAGUGAAGCACCCGCCGACAGUCAGGACGCCGCCAGUGCCGAGGGACAGACAGCAGACACGGAGACACUGGCAGGGCCCCGUCCUACCACACUACAUGGAAAUACACAGCCAGGUGUGUCUGCUAGCCUCCCAGCUAGCCGUGUCAUGACGGUUGGAGAGAUUUCUCACACAUCUGUACGACGUUGCAGCGAGACGAACACCAACACCCUAUUUGCCCUCCGUAGCCGAAAACAAGUGAGGAGGGAUUGUUGUUUUUAAUUUAAUUUAUUUUUUUUUACAUUUCUGGUCGCAGUCCCUCUCACCGGCGACUUAGUGGACCUAUUUUUGCUCACUAUGGCUGAGAGAACCUCCACCGGGUUGCUAACGAUGAUGUUGGAGCCCACGCCGGCUGUCGCUAUGACCCUGCCGGCGGAGGUCCGGGAGAAGCUGGCGGAGCUGGAGCUGGAGCUCUCUGAAGGGGACAUCACUCAGAAGGGCUAUGAGAAGAAAAGAGGCAAGCUGUUGGCACCAUACAUCCCGCAGAUACAAGGUGUAGAUCCUUCUCUGCAAAUCGACAACAGGAUCCAGGCCUCCUCCCAGGCUGUCCUCCCAGGUUCCAAACACAACAAGUCUCGGGCGGCCAACACCCGGGAUGAACGCUUCAGAUCUGAUUUGCACACAGAAGCCGUCCAAGCAGCUUUGGCAAAGUACAAGGAGAGGAAGAUGCCAAUGCCCUCCAAGAGACGAUCGGUGUUAGUUCAGUCUUCUGUUGAGGCAUGCACCCCGCCAGACACCUCCUCAGCGUCAGAAGACGAGGGCUCGCUGCGCCGGCAGGGACGUCUGGCCACCUCCACGCCCUACCAGGGCCACGGCCACCCAGCCGUUGAGCACUGGUUUAACCGUGUCAUCCAGGGUUCGUCCACUUCAUCUUCCGCGUCAUCCACCUCAUCCCACCCGGGAGGGAGAUCCGUUACCACCACCAACACCACUGCCCACGCAGCCCUCAACGCCAACGCCGCAGCUACCGCACUGGCCGACCUUAUGGCACACACCCAGCUAGAUAACCACUCAGCGCCCCCCGAUGUGACGGGGCUGUCAGAGCGCUCCUCGCUUCAUGCGGAGCGGCCCCAGGUGGCCUCGGUGCGAGGCGUUUCCCGGGGCUACAACCACCACACCAGCGUCAUGGAGACUGCAGAUGGCUGUGAGUGGAGAAGUGAAGGAUCCCUCAGUUUAAUGGAUGGUGUCCCGGUCAACAGUCGUGUCUCCUCCAAAAUCCAGCAGCUGCUCAACACUCUGAAGCGACCAAAGCGACCGCCGUUGCGAGAGUUCUUUGUUGACGACUUUGAGGAGCUUUUGGACGUCCAGCAGCCGGAUCCCAACCAGCCAAAGCCAGAAGGCCAGCACAUGAGUCCCUUGGGAGGAGAGCCUCUCGGGGUGGUAAACAACUGGCCUCCCUCCUUGCCAGCAGCCUUACAACGGUGGGGCACCACUCAGCCCAAGAGCCCCUGUCUGACGGCACUCGACAAUGCUGGCAAACCCAUCUACACACUAACCUAUGGUAAACUAUGGACCCGCAGUCAGAAACUGGCCUACACUCUUCUUAACAAGCUGAGCACCAGGAAUGAACCUUUGCUCAUGCCCGGGGACAGAGUUGCACUUGUUUUCCCCAACAAUGACCCCGUGAUGUUCAUGGUGGCCUUCUACGGCUGUCUCCUGGCAGAGCUGGUACCUGUGCCUAUUGAAGUGCCACUGACCAGAAAGGAUGCAGGAAGUCAGCAGAUUGGCUUCCUGUUGGGCAGCUGUGGCGUCACAUUGGCACUGACCACUGACGCCUGUCAGAAAGGCUUGCCCAAAGCACAAACGGGGGAGGUAGCCACUUUCAAAGGCUGGCCGCGGUUGCUGUGGUUUGUGACGGAUGGAAAACAUGUCGUGAAGCCUCCAAAAGACUGGCAUCCUCCAAUACGGGAAGCAAGUAAUGACAUCGCCUACAUAGAGUAUAAAACCAGCAAGGAGGGGAGCACCAUGGGGAUUACAGUGUCCCAUUCAGCCAUGCUGGUUCACUGUCACGCACUCACACAGGCCUGCGGCUACACUGAAGCUGAAACCAUAACCAACGUCCUGGACUUCAAGAGAGAAGCAGGAUUAUGGCAUGGCGUUCUUACUAGUGUCAUGAAUCGAAUGCACGUGAUCAGCAUUCCUUACUCCCUGAUGAAAGUCAACCCUCUCUCCUGGAUACAAAAGGUGCACACGUAUAAAGCACGGGUUGCAGUGGUGAAGUCAAGGGAUAUGCACUGGUCUCUGCUGGCUCAGAGAGACCAGAGAGACAUCAGUCUGAGCUCACUGCGCAUGCUCAUCGUUGCUGAUGGAGCUAACCCAUGGUCGAUAUCCUCCUGUGACGCCUUCCUCAACGUGUUUCAGGCACGUGGGCUGCGACCUGAGGUGAUCUGUCCAUGUGCCAGCUCUUCAGAAGCCAUGACUGUCGCCAUCCGCAGACCUCCAGAGAUGGGUGUUCCUCCUCCAGGGAAGGCGGUGCUGUCUAUGGGUGGGCUGAGCCACAGUGUAAUCCGUGUGGACACAGAGGAGAAACUCUCUGUCCUCACAGUGCAGGAUGUGGGACAGGUCAUGCCUGGAGCUUUGAUUUGUGUGGUGCGGGUGGAGGGGACGCCGUAUCUCUGUCAGACAGAUGAAGUUGGAGAGAUCUGCGUGAGCUCAGGUAGCUCGGGUGUAGCUUACUACGGCCUCCCGGGCAUGACCAAGAAUAUCUUUGAGACCAUCCCAGUAACAUCAUCUGGGAUUCCCAUCAGCGACAGACCAUUUACCAGGACCUCACUGCUGGGCUUUGUGGGACCAGACAGCCUUGUGUUUGUCGUGGGAAAGAUGGAUGGGCUGAUGGUGGUCAGUGGGCGGAGACACAAUGCUGAUGACGUGGUUGCCACAGCACUGGCCGUGGAGCCCAUGAAGUUUGUGUACAGGGGGAGGAUAGCGGUGUUUUCUGUGUCUGUGCUGCAUGACGAGAGGAUCGUUGUUGUGGCAGAGCAGAGGCCAGACGCCUCUGAGGAAGACAGCUUCCAGUGGAUGAGUCGCGUCCUUCAGGCCAUAGACAGCAUCCACCAGGUGGGGGUGUACUGCCUGGCCCUGGUGCCUGCCAACACACUUCCUAAGGCUCCCCUGGGCGGCAUCCAUAUAUCUGAGACCAAACAGCGCUUCCUCGAGGGCGCCUUGCACCCCUGCAAUGUCCUCAUGUGCCCUCACACAUGUGUUACCAACCUGCCCAAGCCGAGACAAAAACAGCCAGAGGUCGGUCCUGCUUCUAUGAUAGUGGGAAACCUGGUGGCAGGAAAGAGGAUAGCACAGGCCUGUGGGAGAGACGUGGCCCAACUAGAGGACAAUGACCAGGCACGUAAGUUCCUGUAUAUACAAGAUGUGCUGCAGUGGAGAGCUCAGGCCACUCCGGACCAUCCUCUGUUCCUUGUUCUCAAUGCCAAGGGCACGGUAGCGAGUACAGCUUCCUGUCUGCAGCUGCACAAGCGGGCAGAGCGGGUGGCUGCAGCACUGAUGGGGCGCCUCAACACUGGAGAUCAUGUAGCACUCGUCUACCCACCAGGAAUCGACCUGAUUGCCACCUUUUACGGCUGCCUGUAUGCCGGCUGUGUGCCAGUCACUGUCAGACCCCCGCACCCCCAGAACCUGGCGACCACCCUGCCCACUGUCAAGAUGAUUGUCGAGGUCAGUAAGUCGGUGUGUAUCCUGACCACUCAAGCAAUAAUGAAGCUGUUGAAAUCCAAAGAGGCUGCUGCUGCUGUGGACAUCAAGAGCUGGCCCAUGGUGCUGGACACAGAUGACCUCCCCAGGAAGAAGAGUCCCCAGAUGUACAAGCCUCCGACCCCCGAGAUGUUAGCUUACCUGGACUUCAGUGUGUCCACAACAGGCAUCUUAGCGGGGGUCAAGAUGUCUCACGCUGCCACCAGUGCCUUGUGUCGCUCCAUCAAACUGCAGUGUGAGCUCUACCCUUCGCGGCAGAUCGCCAUCUGUCUGGACCCCUACUGCGGCCUGGGCUUCGCUCUCUGGUGUCUGUGCAGUGUGUACUCGGGCCAUCAGUCAAUCCUGGUUCCCCCCCUGGAGCUGGAGAGCAAUGCGUCUCUGUGGCUUGCAGCAGUCAGCCAGUACAAAGUGCGCGUCACCUUCUGCUCGUACUCAGUCAUGGAGAUGUGUACGAAGGGCCUGGGCUCACAGACAGAAGCACUGCGGCUGCGAAAUGUGAACCUGUCCUGCGUUCGUACAUGCAUGGUGGUAGCAGAGGAGAGGCCCCGCAUAGCACUCACUCAGUCCUUCUCAAAGAUCUUCAAGGACUUGGGGCUUUCACCACGCGCUGUCAGCACCACCUUUGGCUGCAGGGUGAAUGUGGCAAUCUGUUUGCAGCCCAACAGGUUAGGGAAACUGGCUGAGCAGGGCACAGCAGGACCAGACCCCACUACUGUUUAUGUGGACAUGAGAGCUCUACGACAUGAUAGGGUUCGCCUCGUGGAGAGAGGGUCGCCCCACAGCUUGCCACUGAUGGAGUCUGGGAAGAUCCUUCCAGGAGUGAAGGUGAUCAUCGCCAACACAGAGACUAAAGGACCCCUGGGAGACUCCCAUCUAGGGGAGAUUUGGGUAAGCAGUCCUCAUAACGCCACAGGCUACUACACAGUUUAUGGUGAGGAGGCGCUGCACGCUGACCACUUCAACACCAAGCUCAGCUUCGGCGACACGCAGACUGUCUGGGCGAGGACAGGUUACCUGGGCUUCCUGCGGCGCACUGAUCUGACGGAUGCCAGUGGAGAACGCCAUGACGCCCUCUAUGUGGUGGGCUCUCUUGAUGAGACUCUGGAGCUGAGGGGAAUGAGGUAUCACCCCAUUGACAUUGAGACCUCUGUAAUCCGCUCUCAUAAGAGCAUAGCUGAAUGUGCGGUGUUCACUUGGACCAACCUCCUUGUGGUGGUUGUGGAGCUGGAAGGAUCGGAGCAGGAGGCUCUGGAUCUGGUGGCCCUGGUCACCAAUGUUGUCCUGGAGGAGCACUACCUCAUCGUAGGAGUUGUGGUUGUGGUCGACCCCGGUGUCAUCCCCAUCAACUCCAGAGGGGAGAAGCAACGCAUGCACCUCAGAGAUGGAUUCCUGGCCGACCAGCUGGACCCCAUAUAUGUGGCUUACAACAUGUGAGGGCCCCGCUGCAGGAGGGUUCCCCCUCCACAUGGCUUAUCACACAACAGGUGACAGCAGGACAUUAAACAUGCGGCUCGUAAUUGUAGCAGGCCCGGGGUCAGUAUGGCUUCUGCUGAGAGAAAGCGAGCUCUUCUUUCAGCUCACAGAGGUUAAAUGUGACAGAAACGCGGACGCAGAAUAGAGAGAAAUUCCAGGAAAAAUAAGAUCGACACAAACCUCAUGUCUUUUUCUCCCUGUGAUUUCUUGCAACAAAUGUUUUAAAGGGCGUUUUUGUUUUGUUGAAGAGCGUUUUGUAUGUAUGACAGAGCGUCUGACUCCUUUAGCCCAGGACACCCAAAUGCAGUACAGCAGGUGUUUAAAGGAAGACUUCAGCUCCCAAAUUACAAUUUGGAUAUCCAUCACUCACUUUGUUUUUUUCACAUGCUUCCACUGAGGUUGCAUACCGUUUACAUUUGAACCAGUUCUGGUACCUGUAAUUCAGUGCUGGUACUGAAAGAUACCUUUUUUCUGUGCUUAACUUCUCUGUAAUAACAAAAAGUAAAGUUUUGAACAAGCUGCAUGGGUAGCAGACUAAAAUGCAGCUCCUCUGCUCUUGUCUAAUCACACACAGAGUUUAUCAUCCAUCUCUGUCUGUCUGUCUGCUUGUUUUUGUGUGUGUGUGUGUAUGUGUGUGUGUCUGCUCAUCUUAAAGUGAUAUGGCUAUUACUAAAAUAACAAUAUAGACAAGACGCCGAAACUAUUGCAGCAGAUGGUCACUACAGCGAAACUUUUGGUUGUCUCUCUGGGAAGCUUUCUGGCGCUGCCACCUCUUGUCUCAUCCAGCUGUUGUUACUCAGAUGCAUUGCUGGGUACCAACAUUUGCCACAGAAAGAUUAAACGUGAAUUGGUGUUUGGUAGUACCUUAAUAAUUGCAAGGUACCCUGAAAAUUACCAAGUUUGGUACCCAACCCUAGCCUCCCCGGUGAACAAGGCAUCCAAAAACAGAGAAAUCCUUGAUGGAUUAAGGUCAAUGAUAUCAAAACAUCAGUUUAUAAACUCUCACACAUCUUAUUCAUACAGUCAUUUCUCAGUCGUAUGCUCAGUACUGCCCAAACACAUGCAUUUUUUAUUUAACAUUUUGCUGAAACAAAACUUAUCUAUGCU